AUGAGCAACGCUCCGUACUUUCCGCCUUCCUCGAUAUCCCACGACCGCGGCUCCAAUGCCCCCUCGACGGCAAGCUCUGACAACCUCGAUCCGACCCCGAGUUCCAGCUGUCAUUCCGAGUCUGGCAUCCGGCCCAACCCCCAACACAACGCGCCGGCACAUGCUCCAGAUGACCAGCUAGCCUUGUCAACCGCUGCCUCUGCCUCUACGUCUGCCGGCUGCAACCCUGCGUCGUUUGUCAGCUUUCAGUCUACAACCACUGCUCCAUCGCCUCCCGUCCAGUCUGCUCCUUCUGAAGAUGCUGCUGCUCAUCACGACAGAAGCUCGGUAGAUGCUGGCGCCUCUCGCGGCGAUGCCUAUUCAUCCCUUCGCAUCUCCACCAACGUCGCAUCUUCUUCCUCCACAGCUUCCCCUUCCACUUACCAUCGCGAGUCCCCGACUGGUUAUACAAGUCUCUCGCCUAUCCGUAUACCCUCGCCUCUGAACCACAAGUCGUCUUCCAGCAGCAUACGCCUGUUGACGCGGACCCCGAGUCUCAAGGCUGCCCUCGCGCACUCGAUUGGGCCUGCUAGCGGUACCAACAGUGUCAUCUCGAGUCCCAUGAUUGCCGCCAUGGGAGACGUGACGCCCUUGCCGAGUCCCCUCUUGUCAGGAGAGUCGCCUGGCCCGUGGAAGAGGUUGGCGGUGGGCUCUGUGUCGCCGCCUCAGCACCGCAGUUUGUUGAGCAGUGUGGGAGAAGACUUGGCGGCCAUGGGGGCGCCGGUAGGGCCGAUCAAGAACCCGAGCACGACGGCGCCUUCCUCGAGACGCAAGGCAUACGCAAGCCUGACCGAGAAUGACGAGGCUAAACAGCCCUUACACAAACCUUCCCAGCAAGCCCAGCAAGCCCAAGUGCCGCAUACGAGAAACCGAAGCUUCAGCGAAUACAAGCCAGAUCCGGCUGCCAUUCCUAAGAGGAUCGUCUCCGUGUCUGGCCCGCACGCCAAACCCGAGCUCCAAGGUGCCCAUAUGAAGAGGGAGCAGAACCUGGCAGAGUCGCGCGGCCUGUCUCCCAGUGUUGCGAAGCCGCCGACGCCUCCUCCUAGUGAGAGUUCGAGAGACUCGGCCGACGCCGCCUCGACGUCGCAGUACGAGUACUUUGAAGCCUACGACCGCCAUGAUCGGAAACGGAGGCGCUGGCGCUCGGUGCGGACCGUGGGCCAGGGCACGUUCAGCAGAGUCGUGUUGGCUACCAGUCAGAUGGACCAGCCCAAGCAGACGUCUGCCGAUCCCCCGCUUGACCGAAAGACGUUGGUCGCCAUCAAGGUGUGCGAGCAUGGUCCCCAGGGAGGAGCCAGCGAAGAGCGCGUGGAGAUGAGUCUCAAACGAGAGCUCGAGAUCAUGCAGAGCAUCCACCAUCCCAGUCUGGUCAACCUCAAGGCAUGGAACAUUGAGCCUACCAGGGCAAUUCUUGUUCUGACAUACUGCCCCGGAGGAGACUUGUUUGACGUCGCUACAGCUCAUCGCAAGCUGCUGACGCCCCCAUUACUGAGACGCAUCUUUGCCGAACUGGUCGGUGCUGUAAAGUACCUCCAUGACCAGAUGAUUGUUCACCGUGAUAUCAAGCUUGAGAAUGUCCUUGUCCAUCUUACACCCAGCGAGCUUGCCGACCCAUCCAUUAACUGGAGCACAUAUCCGUAUCCAGUCAUCGCAUUGGCUGAUCUGGGCUUGUCUAGACGGAUAGCCGAAGACGAGAAGCUCGAAACGCGCUGCGGAUCGGAAGAUUAUGCUGCUCCCGAGGUCAUCAUGGGCCAACCAUACGACGGCCGUGCCACUGAUGCGUGGUCGCUUGGUGUGCUGCUCUACGCACUCCUUGAAUCCCGGCUUCCAUUCGAUCCUCCCCCGGGACUACACGACUCCCAUAGAAUGCGUAGUCGAAAGAGCCACCGGAUUGCGAGAGGCGAGUGGCGUUGGAUCGAAUACGGAGGCGACGACGGCGACCACGAAGCGAACGAAGCACGCUUCAAGGAAAAGGGCCUGCUCGACGCCAUGCACAUCACGGAAGGCCUUCUUAAGCGUGCUCGAAGUCGGUGGACAUUGCCCCAAGUGUUGGCCACGCCGUGGGUGCGAGAUGCCAUUGCCGUCGAAGGCGGCAUCCGUUUCAGAGAGGAGAUUGGGGGAGCCGAAGUGUGA